UUACACUCUGCCGCUCCCUUGCUGCGGGUUCCAAAUAACUUCCAGGCGAUCAGUUGGGGAGAGCCAAUGAGCUGGUGAUAGUGACAGCGUAGUCAAGUAAAGUCGAGUAUAUAGGCGAAGCGCAGUUUGGCUUCGAAACACAAAUCAGGCCCUGGGAUUCCAAAUAACAAUAGUCGUGAACAAAGAAGCCACGGUUGCAGUGACAUUAUUCCAUGUCUGUCUUCUUAUUACAAAGUUACAAGCGACGGGGCCCCUUUUGAGUCAACACAAACAAGAAACGGGAUAGGACAGGCUGUUGCUCUAUCUGCUCUGUCUACUCUAGGGGAGGUGGAAAAUACAUGGAUAUUAAUAAUAAUGAUCUGAUCGGGAAAACGUCACUCCGUCCGCACCCCGGUCGGUCCGUGGAGAGAACGAAAGCAAAUCGAAUCGGGCUCCAGCCUCCCAAUGACAUAAUUCGCCGGGGAGCAACCCGAGCUGUUCGGGGCCUAGCUGCCGUCGCUAAGAAAAAGACCCGGGACGAGGUGUGAGUCAGCGCCAAACCAGAGCAAGCGUGCGGUUGGCCGAUGCAGAGUCCGGGUUAUCCGAGAUUUAGCCGCUUGUCCCAGCUGGGCUAGGAGGGAAUUCGACCCCUUGCCAGGCCAUGACCAAUGACCAAUGAC